AUGAACGAUUCUCAAAUUAACGAAAAUAACGACAAAAAUUUCUCCGAUCAAAUGAUUAGUAGUUACAUUCGUCCUUUUAUUAGACCCCCAUUUCCUCCACCUAUUGGUCCAAAAGAUUUAAUAACCAAAUCUAUCGCCGGGAAAAAACCAAAUCGAGCUCCGAAUGCGUUUAUCAUUUAUCGUAAAAUGUACGUUCGAGAGUCUAGGAAUGAGGGUUAUUGUUUCCCAAUGACCGUCCUUUCUUCAAUGGUUAGUCAAUCUUGGGAAAAAGAACCGGAGGAAGUGAAGGAUUAUUAUAAAAGGCUAGCCAAGGCAACUUUCGAUUAUCGUAAUGAAUUAUAUCCUAAAUCUGAAAUGAAAAAGAAAAAGAGAAGUAAUUGGAAUGUGAUCUCGUUUGAAAGGAUUUUAAAUCAAAAUGAUAAUGAAAAAUUCACCCCUGUCACAACUCAUUUUGAUAACGUCCCGACUCCUAAUAAUCAUGAUCAUCAAAUCGAUGAAUUGAAUUUUAUUAAUCGGAUUUUAACUCCAGACCUUUCAUCCACCGCUGCCACUUCACCUACAAUUGAUGAAUUUCAUGAACAACCCGUUCUUGAUCCAAAUCAAAACUUUAAUGAAUUUUAUGACCAACCCUUCAUUGAUCCCAAUCAACCCUUCCCGAAUUUAUUAACUUCAAGUGAUGAUAAUUGGAAUUUUAAUUCUUUUACGGGUGAUUGCGAUCAACAACCCUUUGAGAAUUUUCAACAAGGAUUUGAUUCUUGUGAUUUCUUCGACAAUCAAAUUACUGACAAUGAAGCACAAAAUUUUAAUGACUUUCAAAAUCAACAAUUAAAUCAUUUUCGAGUAUAUCCCGAUGAUUUAACUACCCCUUCUGAUGCGCUCGGCAUCUUUCAACAUCAGGAUGAGCCUGCGUCGAAUUUACAACCAUUUCAUUCCAACACGAAUGUCAUGAACGACAUGAACACAAUUUCGUAUAACACUUUCGCCACUUUUAUGUUUCAACCAUUUGAUUACCAUACUUUUUAUUAA